AUGCUUCAAUUAUAGUUAGAGGUGAGGACAAUCUAAUUUUUUAUAAAUUCAAUGACAGAAUCUUGUUUGAUGUAGUUUAUUCAUAGUAUAAGAUAUUUAUAAUAGACUAAUCCUCAAUUAUUUUGAAGUCAAAAUUGAAAUGCAAAUGCCGAGAUAUCUAAGUAAUUAAUGAAAAAAUUGACUUAAAUAUUUAAUACCUCGAAAAAGGGAAUGUAAAUAAGUAUUUAUAUUAUUAGCUAAAGCUUUUGUUUUAAGAUGGCUAAAUAAUUUUGGGAGAAGCAACAAUCAAUUUAGGAUUUUAUAUAGAGAAUAGUCUUCCUGUUAUUAUAGACAAUAUUACAAUAUAGAGUAAAUAUGAUUAAGAAGCAUAUGUUGAAUUGAGUUUAGGUUGGAAUAAAUUAGAGUAAAUAUAAACUCAAGAAAUUGAAUCCAUUAAUCCCGAAAGAGAAUAACCAUUAUUUAUAAAAUUAUCAUAAUAAAGUCCAAAUAGAGUAUAGAAUCUAAAAUUUGGAGACAAACUUGAAAACUUAAAGAUGAAGGAUUCCAUAGUUGCUGAGAACUAUUUUAAAGAAUUCAAAUAGGAAUAGUUUGAUAAAAAAUCAAUAGAAAAUGAUAAAGUAUAAUAGAUUGAAGAUGAAAAAUUAGAAGAUAUUCAUAAAGUACAUAUCUAAACAACAAAUUCUCUAAGAUUUUAAACUCCAAAGGACUGCAAAUUUACUAAAAAGUAGAAGAUAUAGACUUCAUCAGGACAUUUAGAAAAUUGUAAAAAAUAAGUGAAUAAAAAAUAAUUGUAGAGUGAUUCUAAACCUACAUUCAAAGAAUUAGGCUAAAAGAUAAGAUAAAAAAGUACAAAUAGAUUUGAAUCUAGAGUAAAAAUUAGAAUUGAAAAUUAAUAGGCUGAAUAAAAUGAAACUGUAAAAAGAGCAACAAAAUAAAGAUUUUUUUGUAAGUAAACAGAAGAUAUAGGAAAAUAAGUUUAAAAAUAUUAAGAGGCUGGAUUUUUUACAAGUAGAUAAUUAGAAUUAGAAAAAGGAAAUUAAGAUUAAUCAAUUUAAGAAUUACAUAUUGAAAAUAAGUUAUUGAAAAAUUAAAUAUAAUCAUUAUAGUCAGAAAAUUAAGGUUUAAAAGAAAAAUUAAUAAAAAGUGAAGCUUCUUUUAAUUUGUUAUCAGAAACUUAUACAACACUUAGAGAUGAAUAUAAAAAAUGCUAAUUAAAAAGUUAUGAUAAUUCUAAUAAUAAUUUUAUUUUGAAUAAAGAAUAUGAAUUAAUCAAAAAAGAAUUAGAUUAAAAAUAGAAAGAGAUUGAAUUCAGUUAUAAAGAGGGUUAAUUAUGGAAAAUAGAAUUAGAAAUAACUAAAAGGGAAAAUGUGUAAUUAUAAAAAGAUCUAGAAUAAAUGAAAAAAGAUUUUUUUAAUAAAUAAAUAGAGAAUAUUAAUCUCUUAAGGGAUAUAGAGGGAAAAAAGUCUAAAAUAAAUACUUUGGAAUAAGAAUUAUUUGAUAAAAAAGUAGUAUAUAAAUAAAAAAAUUAAGGAAAUUAAAACAUUAUUAAUAAAAUGGAGAAGAAUGAUGAAUGGGAUUUUGAAUAAAUGAAAUAAGCUAUAAAUAGUUAGAGAAUGGAAAUAGAAAAUUAUAAUGAAGAAUUAAAAUAAACAAGAUUAAAACUGUUAGUUUUAGAAGAGGGAGAAAAUUAAAAAUUUGAAUUGUUAGAUGAGAUAGGUAAAACAAACCCAUAAUUAUAAAUGGAAAUAUAAAUGUUAAAAUAGAGAUUGAUUGAAAGUAGUUAGGAAAUAAAGUAAAAGUAAAUAAUGAAUGUAGUAGUAGGAUUUUAGAAAAUGAGAAAUUAAAAAGUUAAAUAAAUUUAUAUUUAUAAUAACCAAAUGAGUAGAACUUAGAUUUCACAUAUUUAAUUAAUAAGUAUUCAACUUUAAAUGAUAGUUUGAAAUAAGAAAAUUAAGCGUUGAGUAAAUUAUAAAUAUAAAUUAAAUUUAGUUCAUUAAAACAAAAAGGAUUAAGUUAAGCUAGAAAGUUUAUAGAAGUAAUUAGGCAUAAAUAAAGUAAUCAAUAUGAUAUUAAGAGAAAGAACAUAAUAGAAUUGAGUGAAUAGAGACAAUAAUCUCUUGAAUAAGAAAUUACAUAACUUGAAAAAGCUGUUUUAAAUGGAAAAUAGAAUAUGGCUGAUGUAAUAAAUGCUGUUCUUGAGUGUGGAGGAACUGACUUAGCUGAAGCUGUAGAGAGAUUCUUAAUUGCUAGAAGGAGUACCAAAAUAAGUUGA